AUGAGCUAUGCUACAUCGUUACCUGCUGCGACUACAGGUCAAGGCAACGUCCCUCCAGUAUGCCAGAACUGUACUACGUCUACAACACCUCUCUGGCGACGCGACGAGAUGGGAUCCGUCCUCUGCAAUGCAUGUGGCCUCUUCCUCAAGCUUCAUGGUACGCCUCGGCCUAUAUCCCUCAAAACAGAUGUAAUCAAGAGUCGCAAUCGUGUCAAAACCGCAGGUCAGGGGCAGAAGCGAAAGUCGCUGUUUGACGGUAACGGCUUGCCCACGUCUCAAUCAGAGGGUACUCCUCCUCCAAAUUAUCCAAAUUAUGCCAACAAUCAGCGAGUUGGCCACAAUUCUGGGUCCGACCGAUCAAAUUCUCCGGUCUCGCACAACGAAACCCCCGCUCAUCCUUCCAACAUCGCUCCUCAACAUGUCUUCGACGGUGUCUCGUCAGCGGAGCAUGCAUUCCAGUCUCCCGCAAUACCUGCGUUUCAGCUGCGUCAUCCUUCGCCAGGCUCCACGUCAUCUUUCAAUGACCGCAACUUAGAACCCCCACAGACAUACGAAGGGCUACUACAAGCGAAUACCUUUUUGAAGACGCGGGUGAGCGAGUUGGAGGUCAUCAACGACCUAUACAAGGGCACGGUCAAUCAGUAUGAACAAGGUGGCGCCCCACAAGCGGAGAUGCUUCCCAAAGACUCCGAGAGCCAGCUGCGUCAGUCUUUAGACCAGGCGCUGCACCGGGAAGAGGACUUGAAGCGCCAGGUUGACGAGCUUGAGCGUGAGGUUGCGGAAUUACGAGGCGAGCAGCCGGAAUCACGACCUGCCAAGAGAAGUCGCAUCUCAGACUCCUCGGAGUACCCAGAGCCGCCUCAAGCCUUCACCAACGGGUUGCACGCCUAA